UGGGUCUUGAUGUUUAUUCAUUUCAAAUUUUUUAUCAUUUGAUUAUUGUGUGUUAAAAUUGUAAAUUUCUUAAAUAAAUUUUUUUUUGUAAGGAUUGAAAAGCGAUGGCAAUAUCAUAAUCAUCAUAAUAAUAAUACGACGCCAUCUUUAAGAUUGCCGGUAGUAUUGAAGUGUAAUAAAAAUUAGAAUUAUAAAUCAUUGUGAUAUUUUACUUUCAUUAUGAAUGACGGAAGAUUUGACAGGGUUAAGGACGAGUUCAGAUCUAGAUCCAGGUCAAGAUCUCCUUUCCGCAAGAACUUCAAUGAACGUUCUACUUACGAAGAUGAUUUUAAAAAAAGACGUAGAGAUCAUUCUCCAAGACGAUCUAGUAGUAGCUCUGCUAAAAAUAGAGUAUUUGUGAAUAACAUCCCAUUCGAAUGUCGCUGGAUGGAAAUAAAAGAUUUAUUCAGGGAAAAAGUUGGAGAUGUUGCCUUUGUUGAAUUAUUCGAGGAUGACAGUGGAAAAUUUAAAGGCUGUGGAGUUGUAGAAUUCAAAGAUGCUGAAACAGCUUCCAAAGCAAUUGAAGUGAUGCAUAAAUAUGAAGUGCGAGGAAGACCGUUGAACGUAAAACUUGAUAGUGGAGAGAGUGAGAGGAAGCGAUCUUCAGGCCGUACUUCCGAUAGAGAAUUCAUGCGAGGUAGUGAUAAUUUUGGUGGCAAUGAUUUUAGAGAACCACAAUUCAACACAUAUGGUCUGAAUCCAGAGUUUCUAAAAUCACUUGGGAUAAAUGGACCUUUAAAUAACAAAGUUUUCAUAUCAAAUUUGGACUACAAAGUAACAGAGAAAAAAUUAGAAGAAAUAUUUAAAAUUGCUGGUAAACUUGUAAAGGUAGAACUUAAUGUCGAUAACGAGGGAAAGAGUAAAGGACAUGGCACUGCAGAAUAUGAAAAUCCUCUUGAAGCUGUGCAAGCUAUCUCAAUGUUUAAUGGUCAAAGAUUGUAUGCACGUAUCAUGAAUGUUCGUAUGGAUAAAUUUUCUGAAGAUGGUGACUUGCCUUCCAAAUUACCAACUGGUCUUCACGGAAUAGGAAAAGGUCUUGGUGUAAAUGGACAGCCUAUGCAAUUUAAUAAGAACUCUAAUCCUGUUGGAAGUUUCGGUUUUGGACUGGGUAUAUCAGGCAACGUAGCUGGUGGAAUGCCCGGUAAUGGCAUUGGUGUUGGUUCAAGUAAUAUGGGAAUGAUGUCUUCCGCUGGAAUGGGUCUCGGAGCUGGAUCGAUGGGUAUGAAUAAUUCGAUGACUGCCGAUAGAAUGAUGGGUACCUCCUCAUUAGGUAUGGGCUUGUCUAGUGCAAACAUGGUUGUUUCAUCUGCAAGUGUAGGAAGCAUGGGCUUAGGUAGCUCAUCAGGCAUGAUGUCUAGCAGCAGCGUCUUGGGACGCUCACUAGAUGGCGUGGGUCGUGACUCUUCCUAUCAAAUGAGCAAUGCAAGCAGAGGAUUUAGAGAUGCUUUUGAUAGAGGCAGCGAUUCGUUCAACAGUUCGAAUAUCUCAGAUACUAUUUUAUUAGGAAAUUUGCCAAGUACCUUCAGUUGGCAGAGUCUCAAAGACAGAUUCCGUGAUAUAGGUGAUGUGAGGUAUGCUGAGUUGAAAGGCCAAGGUAAUGCCAUAAUACGCUUCACUAAUAUGCAGGAUGCUCAACGUGCUGUCGAUCUUAUGAACGGAUAUCGAAUGGAUGGAAGAGCGAUUCAAGUUCGCUUCUAUUAAGCACGUUCCUCAUGUUGUCAUCAUUCCCAUUUUCUUCAUUUUUGGAUCAUUAUUUUUACGCAUAAGAAACACUGCUGGUGUACUUUUUAAAUAUGAAGAUCUCAACUGUAGUACUUUUAACUUUCACUCAUGUGAAUUCCUCCCAUUCUUAUCAUAUUGAGGCAUUUAGUAAUCAAUGUGUCUGCAUAUGAAGUUAAUAAGUUAUUCAGAUUGAUAUUUAAAUUAAAAUCUUUUUUUUCUGCUGACAAAAAUAUGGUGAAUCCAUAAUUGAAAUGCUGUAUAAAAUAUUGUAAUUAAAAUUCUCAAGAAAAAGUAAAUAAAUUUCUUUUGUUGGUUAAAA